AAUGGGAAUGUCCGUUCUACUGUCGUUUAUUGUAUGGAAACAAGUUAUUUUCAGGACUGUCCAAUUGAGAGAACCAAAUUUACUGAAGACCCUGAAUGCAGCACAAGCCCGUUUACAGACCGACGACAAUCAGACGAAGAGGAGCAUCUCAAAAUGGUCCAGUGAGAGUGGACGAUGCCAGCUAUGAGUCACAGUAGUCCUUGCCUGUGGACUCGGCUCCUCCAGGGCAGCCAGGCCCCAUGUGACCGCUACAAGCACGCCUGCUGCAGCUACGGUGGACAUGUCUACAUCCUGGGAGGGAGAGACAGCAGCUCUCUGAGGGACUUCUGGAGGUACAGCGUGGUUUGUGACGAGUGGACAGAGUUAAACUGCACCAGUGAUGCUGCACCAGAAGAACUAGAGGGACAUUCUAUGAUGGCUCAUGAGGGCUUCCUGUACGUGUUUGGAGGCAUGCUGGAUUCUGCGUACACCGAGCAGAGAUGUCCCCUCUGGGUAUUUGACAUCGCGAAGCAGAAGUGGGUGCCCUGCCAGGGAAAGACCAGCUCCCCUCAGAGCCGAAUGCCAACCAACAGAAAAGGACACAGUGCUGUGGUGCUCGGCUCUGCCAUGCUGGUGUAUGGAGGGUUAGUGGACAUCAAAGGAUCCUCGCAGGACUUUUGGAGUUUGGAUUUUGAUUCCAUGGCUUGGUCACAGCUGAAUGGUUCCCAGCAGCAGGGCCCAUUAGGCCCCGGCCCCAGACACAGCCACUCAGCCGUGGGCAGCCACAGCUGCAUGUACCUGUUUGGGGGCCUGAAAGGCUUACGGGAGCAGAGGGACUUCUGGAAAUGGAAUUCCACCAGCAACAUGUGGAGUUCCCUCAAAAACAAGGCCGGUCCCUCCAGACUGAUGGGCCACUCAGCCGUGGCCUACCAGGACAGUAUGCUUCUUUAUGGGGGAGGUGAGAGCCAGAACUCUCUACAGCACUGCCUGUGGAGGUACAACUUCAGCACUCAGACCUGGGGGCAGGUUGCCACGCUCCCUGGCUCCAACCCCCCAGGGAAGAUCCACCACUGCUGCAUUGGGCUGGGUCCCAGCUACAAGUCCAAAACCAGCAGCCCCUGCUCCAGCUCAGCACAACCCAGGCUACUGGAGGGGAAACUAAGGCUCUUCAAGAACAAGUGCUUCCCCGCCCCACUCACCUUUCUAGGAUCAGAGGGAGCUAUAGAGCUGGAGACAUUCAGCCCGGACAGAUGCUACGGUAGCAAAACUCUCACACAAUCUUCCCAACUAUUCAACAGCAAAGAGGGUGUAAUGGGGAAAGAUGCCCAGCAGAUUGGAAACUGUUUGACUUUUGAGAACAAGGCUUUUAGGAAACAAUGGGGCUGCAGAGGAGCUAACCCGCUGGACAAGGAGGAGGAGGAGGAGGAUGAAGAUGAUGCCGCGCAUCUGCCUGAUCUGCUGCUGGUGCUGGGUGGGAAACCGUGCACCACACACAGCCCUAUCUCCAUAUGGCAAAUGACUCUGACGGACUCAUAGCAGCUUUUGAAGAAAAUAAACUUUACAUUAACACGUUCUCUAUAUGAGAAAUAUGAAGAAAAGAAACACUAGUGUUAUGUUAUCACUUUUGUUUUGUUAAAUCUUAUAUGUUGAAAGGGUUUACUGACAUGCUCUGAACAAGAGAAAAACUUUCUACUUUUGUUGUGAGUUUUAAUGUCGGGAGUUGCAUAUAUACAUUUCCUUUUUGCAGAAGUCAAAUAAAUGAUCAGAAAAUGCCAUUAAGAAAAGCUGUAAAAUGAUUGCAGUUGUGAACAAUGAUCUAAUUUGUAGUGUCAUUGUGAAAAAUAUACAGCACACAUAUGAACAUAAAAAUGGCAAAAUCAGGAUCACCGAUCCAAAACAUUUCUCGGUACUGCUGUACAUGCAGAUGUAUGGUGCCAGUUCCCGGAGCUCCUCGGUUACCCAUUGGUAGUCUAUAUCCACAAUGUUCCCCUCCCGGGAUUGUUCAGGUGCCGCCAGAUAUUCC